GAGGUUUUCGGAGCGGAGCGGAGGGCGGUGGCCGGCGGAUGAAUAAUCAAAGGCUUCAGACGGCUUCGGUGGGCGGUGCGGGCGCCGUAUUUACACUGGGCCAGCUCCGCCCUAACCGGAGAGAUAGAAAACUGUCUGCGGGCCGGAGGGAUGGAACAAGUGGAAGGAGAUGUUGCCGACAGGCACACAUUAAUUACCCCGCCACACGCUCCGCACCUCGCCAGGCUCCGCUCCCUCCCCGUCGCGCUGUAGCAGCAGCAGCAGGAGCAGCAGCAGCAGCAGCAUCCUCUCUGCGGAACAGGUCGAGCGAUCAUCCGGGCGGCUGAGUCGGAGCUUCAUGGCCGCAGCGCUGACGAUGAGCGGCGCGCAGGAGGACCCGUUCUACCCGCUGCAGAAAGCGGCUCUGGCCGCCGCCUUCUCUCUGGAGGACUCGGCGCUGUUCGGCCUGGACUGCAAGCUCUCGGAGGCGGACAAGGCAGGGCAGAGUGACAACGCGCAGGUGAAGUGCGAGAUGGACUGGUAUCUCUCGCCCCCCGUCUUCCCGCCUCUCGCCGACGGCCAGCAGAAGCCGCACAGAGACGGCGCGUCUGCGGUGGACCAGUUUUUCGGCGGCGACCACUCGGGGGCUCCCUACACCCUCAACAUGAACCUUUACCUGCCCGACGUGGCCUACCUGAGGAUGGGCUCGUUCGAGCAGGUGCGGGCCCCUCAGUCCCAGAGCCGCGCCGGCCUCGGCCAAAUCAAGACGGAAACCGCCUCCUCGUGUUUCGCCCCCAACCUGCAGCCCCACUGCCCCGGCGGCGCGCCCGCCAGCGGCUGCGGCGCAUCCGGCCACGACCCCGGCACCGCCGCCUUGGAGACCUCCGCCGUGAACAUGACCCUAACGGGGUUGCCAGACUUCACCAGUGUUUUCACCCAGUCGGGGGGAGAGGUGUUCAUCAAACAGGAAAUGCCGUCGCAGUUCGAGCAGCACGGCAUCCACCACGACAACAGCGGCUCGCUCUUUCAGCUCCUGAGCACCGGUUUGGAUCAUCACCACGGCGAUGGCAUGGAGGCCCAGCAGCAGCAGCAGCAGCAGAUGCAGCACAAUUCCACUAUUCAUGCACAUUUCCAAGACUUGCCAGUCGCCGCAGCUUCCUCCCAGCAGGAGCAGAGCACCAAGGCGGGCUACCGCGGCCUGGGUGGGGGGGUGUACGCGCAGCCCCGCGCUCAGGUGCACUCCCAUUUCCUGCAGCAGCAGCAGCAGCAGCAGCAGCAGCAGGUGCCCUACCUGCCCCCCUCCCCGCCCAGCUCGGAGCCGGGCAGCCCUGACAGGCAGAAGGAGAUGCUCCACACCCUGUCCCCUCCGCCUUCGUACGCGGCCACCAUCGCCUCCAAGCUGGCGGGGACCACGCCGGGGCUCGGAGGCGGCCCGGGACCCGCCGGCUUCGCCCUGCCCAUCGGCGGGGCCCCCGCGCCAGUCCAGGGCCCCUCUCCGGUCCUCCCUCAGGCCCCCGCAGGCCAGGCCCCGACGCAGAGCUCCGCGCCCGUCCGCUACAACCGGAGGAACAACCCGGACUUGGAGAAGCGGCGGAUCCACCACUGUGAUUACCCAGGCUGCAAGAAGGUCUACACCAAGUCGUCCCAUCUGAAGGCCCACCUCAGGACUCACACGGGCGAGAAGCCGUACCGGUGCACGUGGGACAGCUGCGACUGGCGCUUCGCUCGUUCUGACGAGCUCACGCGCCACUACCGGAAACACACGGGCGCCAAGCCCUUCCAGUGCACCGUCUGCUCCCGCUCCUUCUCCAGAUCUGACCACCUCGCCCUGCACAUGAAGAGACACCAGAACUAGCCACGUCUUUGCACCCGGGCCAGAGUCGUACUGUGCAAGCCCCUUGUCUCGAAAACUCGCAUAAACUCUCCCAACGGCUACAGUGUUAAAAAAGCUGCGUGACGCCAAGCAGCUUUUUGCUGACAUCACAGCCCCCCUCCUGGUGCUGCCACCACUCGACACUUAUAGUACAAUAGCUUAGGAAUGACGUGGCGGCCAAAGUCUUGGUUUCCCCCGCCAUCGCAAGGUAUGACGAAAUGUCUUUGGACAAGAACAAAGAGGAAACGCCCCCCUACCAUAAAGAAAAUGGUAGCUCCUUGGUGUUUCCAGUCCGCUUGGACUUUGUGCGACUGGAACGGCGCCGCUAAAAACAACGUUGUCUGUCUGUCUUUGUAGUAACGUAGAACUUCCUAAUUGGGAAAACAUCUUUGUUUACUCGUUGGUAUGUUUGUUUAAAAUAGCUGGAAAGUCCAGGUUUUAUUUUUUAUUGUUUUUUUGUUUUUUUUAACCAAAUCUUUCGGUUUGCACUAGAACUGGUCACGUAUCUCACGCACCACCAAAGCGAUCCUUAUCACAGCCGUACAUGCGACGCCAGUCAUCGCCGUCUGGAUAUUUAAAAAUUGAAAGCAUUUUUUUUUUUUUUCCUCCUCCUCCUCCUGAGACGAAGAAGAUGAGGCAGAGGGGAAAAAAAAACAAGAGAGGAAGGUAGCGAUGGUCAGACUGGAUUGCUUUUGCGUUUUUAUAGGGAGGAGAUCAGCAGAUGGCUGAGUAACAUAGGGACAUGGAUGGAUUGUAAAGAGCAGCCAUUAGGCCAUCAAUUAUUUAGGAUGCGUUUUCAGUGGACGUCCUGGCGGAGAAACGUAAGCAGACCUGGCUCUGUUAAAACAGAGGCAGCUGGAUUUAUGCACAAGCUUUGAAUUAAGCAUCUUCAGAAUUAGAUUUCUGUGCAGAUUGUGCCAUCCAAAUUUAUCUUUAUAAAAACAUUUUUUUUUUGUGUACAUUUUAACCAAAGUUUAAUCUUCAUCAUCAACACCUUAUGAAGUGCCUCUUUCUCUGGUUAAUGUGUUCCUGUCCUUCCAGAGCUGUGGUUAGUGUAGGCGGUUCUUUUAAACACACUUGGUGCUGUUUUUUUGGUUCCUGUUCUAUUCAAAUCUCUGAACUCAGUAUGGGGAGAGGGAAACAAAACAAACAAACAAACAAAAAAAUUAACACAAUUUUAAUAACCUAAAGCUGACCAUCUCCAUUGUAAUAUAGCAGCUCAGCUCUGAGCACUUCAGACAUCUUGACAUUGUGUGGAGCUUUUGUACUAAAGUGACAGUCUGUCUUUUUCUCCAAGGAGAUUUUAGCCUCUUUUUUUUUUUUUUUUCUUUUUUUUACUCUGUAAACAGAUUACUAGCAACUGGGCUCUAUCAGGCCUUCCAGCUUGGACACAUGCUCAGUUAGAGGACAGAUUUACUGUUUUUUGACUUGGGAAUUUUUAUUGUGAACCUGAAUAUUUUACAGUUUCCUUUUUAGAGAAAUGUCUUUAUAUCACUAUUAUUACUGCCCUGCAAGUACAUUUCCUUAUAGAUGCACCAGUCAGCAUUUUUUUUUUUUGGCCAGUUUUCAAUCCAUUGUUUUUGUAACCUGUCAAUACUAAAUUUGUCCUGAAUGCAGUUUCUCUUUUAGGGACUAUAAAAUAAGAAGAUAUAGAAACAGCAUUCAAAAUCGUAUUUUUUUUUUUCUAUCCUACUUUCUGUGACCGGCCAUUCAUUUCUCAUAUUGGGUGCAGAUGCACCGUCAUAACCAAAUUAUUCCAGUUAGGUUAGCAAGUAUAGCGUUACGAAACCGCAGCUCUGUGUCUUUUCCCUGAUUAUAUACAUCCUUAACUUUACUCAGAGAGUCUUUUAAUGUUUCCAAAUCCAUUAUGUUGCACAGCGGUCUGCAACCUUUACAAUCCAAAGAAACAGUUUCCCCUCAGUCCACCUCAUUAAAAGUUGUGUAGAGCCGCAUGACAACUUUAUCAUUUUAGAUAACUAUAGGAAAUCUGAUGUCAUCUUUUAAAGAACUGCAGUUCCCCCACCCCCCUGUUUUAGAUUUUAAAAUAAAGAAGAAAACAAAAUGUUUGCAAAAAGAGAAUGGAUACUUGAUACUGCGGGAUGUUAUUUGCGGAAAGUAAUGCAAGAAAAGCAAAUGGUUUACAGCCUAUUGACAAGAAAAUUGGAUCAAAGGAUUGAUUUAAAAAUAAAAAUAAAAUUAAUGGUACUUUUAGAAUCGUUCUGUUGUGAAAAUUCAAUGCAGUCAUUUCAGUAAACAACUGAAAAACUGCAUUUAUAUUAUCGCUGUAUUUUUCUUUAUCAAGUUUAGCCAAAGUUAUUAAGAGCCAUUGUGAAAGGCCACAGGUUGCAGACCCCUGAUGCAGUAAAGCACAAAGUAAAUUUGCUGUUCUCCAGUCAGCCUUUCUGGUAUCUUCAGAAAGUCUUGCUCUCUCUCACACCCUCGCAGCACGAAAUAGCUUCUUGCAUCUUUCUCCUCUGACUUAACUUUUAAAUUCCUCUCUGAUACAGAUCAUCGACUAAGCUUUCUGAGUCUUCUUCAUGGAGUUACUGCAACCCCAACAGAAAGUACAUUCGUCAGCGCAGCCUGGCACAGCUUACAAUCAGAGAAAGAUCAGAUUUGUUUUUUUUUUUUUUAGUUUCCGAUCAAACCAAAAGUCUGCCUGUAUUAGCAAAUAGCCGAUUUCUAGGUGCAUCUCUGCUUCUGUUCUGUUUCAACAAUAUCUAAACUAGUUUGAGCUGAUCUUGUCAAUAACGCCAUGAAUCCAUUAAGACGUAAUGUACCGUCUUUAUUUUAAGCCACUAAAAUAAAACCGAAGCCUUUAAUAAAACCAGUUUUGAUCGUUUUUGUUUAUAGAUGGCACAGGGAAAAAUGUGCUUUAGCACAUCAUGUCUUAAUGGAUUAUUUAAUGUAUUAAACCUGAGAAUCAAUAGGGAAACCAAGUGAACCUGUCCUCUAACAUGCACCCGGGUGUCCGUUUGAUUGUGUGAUUCAGCCUGUAUGUAUAACUGUACUUGUUCAUCCACUGCAGGUAGCAUAAAGAUAAUAUAGCACUGUAAUCUAACAAGGGAAAUCUCUCUAUUUAUUUAAGUGUGUAGAAGCUGGGACAUACCAGAUCCACUGUGUUUUUACCCCAGCAAAAAAUGCCUUAAUGUAAAUAAAUGCACUGUAAAUACGUUUUUGUUGCAUCAUUUUUUUUUAUUAUUAUUUGUAAACAAUCAGGCAGGAAAAUGGGGAAAAUGCCCAGCAUCCAAAAACUAUUUGAGCCUUUCUCUUUAGUUUUGUUCUCUUGUCCAAACUAUUUUGAUGCCAUUGUGUAACAACUAUUUUUAUUUUUUUUUUGUAGCUUUUAUGUUUGUUUGUUCUUUUUUGUUGUUUCCUUCCAUGGAAAACGUUCCAAAGACAAAAGUUGUUUUUUUUUUCUUCAACUGAGUGAAAUCAAUGCUAAUAAAGUCAAAUGACACUUUUACA